GCAGGUAUUCGCUGUCGCAUCUCGCAUGCUGACCUCUCUCGUCUCAUCCUCCCACUGCCGCGUCACGCCGGAGGAGGGCGAGAUCUUUAAAUAUGGAACAAGACUCGAGACGAGCGCUGCGGAGCGCGACGCGACGCGGGCAGGUUUACGCGCAACGUGGAGCGUUUCCCGACGGGACGGAGAGAGCUCGUGAGCCUGUUGCGUUAUGACCGCUGGAGUGACCGAACGCAUCGUAGUUAGCAGAAGCAGCGGCGAACUAUCUCUGGCUCCGGACGAACAGAAGUGAGCGUCCGUAUCCAGGCGCGCGGAACUCGGAGCGAACUCGCACUCGCGCGCGUUUUGAAAGUCUUCCCGAAGCCUGGACGCACUUUAACUCGGCGCGAGGAGAAGCGCGAGCGUCUCCGGCAGAAGAGGACGCGCACGGCACCGCCAGCAUGGGCGACAAAAACAAAAUGGAGGAUGAAGCUAUAGUGGACAGAGGAGCGUCUUACAUCAAAAACGUGUGUGAUGAAGAGGUUGAGGGUCAUCACACAGUCUACAUUGGAGUUCAUGUGCCUAAGAGUUACCGUCGCCGUCGACGACACAGGCGACGAUCCAAUCACAAAGAGAGGAGAGAGCGUUUGACGGAAAACGUCAGCGACAAAUCAGACACGGAGACUGCAGACGAUCCGUCCUCCAACAUCCUCAAACCUCUCAUUUCUCCGGCCGCAGAGAGGAUUCGCUUUAUUUUGGGGGAAGAUGACAGUGGUCCUCCUCCGCCACAGCUCUUCACCGAACUCGACGAGCUUCUGGCCGUUGACGGUCAAGAGAUGGAGUGGAAAGAAACAGCCAGAUGGAUAAAGUUUGAGGAGAAGGUGGAGAAGGGUGGAGAGCGGUGGAGUAAACCUCAUGUAGCCACUCUGUCUCUUCACUCGCUCUUCCAGCUGAAAAACUGCAUCGAGAAAGGAACCAUCAAGCUGGACAUGGAGGCCAACUCACUUCAGCAGAUCGUCGAGAUGAUCACGGACAGCCAGAUCGAGAGCGGGCAGCUGAAGGCCGAUCUGAAGGAGAUGGUCAUGUACACUCUGCUGCGGAAACACCGCCACCAGACCAAGAAGUCCAACCUGCGUUCGCUGGCAGACAUCGGCAAGAGCGUGUCGAGUGCGAGUCGUCUGUUCAGCAGCCAGGAGAACGGUAGUCCGACCACGGCCCAUCGUAACCUGACCUCUAACAGCCUGAAUGAUCUCUCAGACAAGCCCGAGAAAGAGCAGUUGAAUAACAAAUUCAUGAAGAAAGUUCCCAGAGAUGCUGAAGCGUCAAACGUGCUGGUCGGUGAAGUGGACUUUUUGGACACCCCCUUCGUGGCAUUUGUGCGUCUUCAGCAGGCCGUCAUGUUAGGAGGACUCACCGAGGUCCCCGUUCCCACACGGUUCCUUUUUGUUCUGCUGGGGCCCAAAGGAAAGGCCAAGUCAUACCGUGAGAUCGGGCGCGCCAUCGCCACGCUCAUGUCUGAUGAGGUGUUUCACGACAUAGCUUAUAAAGCGAAAGACCGCGGAGACCUGCUGGCAGGCAUCGAUGAGUUCCUGGAUGAAGUCAUUGUGCUUCCUCCGGGGGAAUGGGACCCUGACAUCAGGAUCGAACCUCCUAAAUCCAUCCCGUCUGCUGAUAAACGUAAAAACAAUAUUGCCGGAGGGGAAAGUCUUCAGAUGAACGGCGGUACUCCUCAUGACGGGAGUCCAGCGGGCGGCGGAGGCCAUGCAGUCGGUGAUGAACUUAAAUUUACUGGCAAGUUUUGCGGCGGUCUCAUUCUGGACGUCAAGAGGAAGCUCCCGUUUUACGCGAGCGACUUUUACGACGCUCUCAACAUACAGUCCCUGUCUGCCAUCUUGUUCAUUUACCUGGGAACCGUCACGAACGCCAUCACCUUCGGAGGGCUUCUGGGAGACGCCACCGAGAACAUGCAGGGUGUGCUGGAGAGUUUUGUGGGGACGGCGUUGGCCGGUGCUGUGUUCUGUCUGUUCGCGGGUCAGCCUCUGACCAUCCUGAGCAGCACCGGACCCGUGCUCGUCUUCGAGCGCCUGCUCUUUAACUUCAGCAAGGAUAAUCACUUUGACUAUCUGGAGUUUCGGCUGUGGAUCGGCCUGUGGUCUGCUUUCUUGUGUCUGGUUCUGGUCGCCACAGACGCCAGUUUCCUGGUCCAGUACUUCACUCGCUUCACAGAGGAGGGCUUUUCUGCUCUCAUCAGCUUCAUCUUCAUCUACGACGCCUUUAAGAAGAUGCUCAAACUGGCUCACCAUCAUCCGAUCAACUCGGACUUCAACAUGGACCUGGUCACGCAGUACGGAUGCCACUGCAGUCCUCCAGACGGCAACAUUUCAGCUGUGAACAUGGAGAAAAUGGAGGCUCUGAUGAACAGCACUGGACAGCAUCUGAACGCGACCUGGGCAUCUUUGACUCGCUCUGAGUGUCUGGAUUGGGGCGGUCAGCUGCUGGGACCGGCCUGUGAAUACGUCCCUGAUAUCACACUCAUGUCCUUCAUUCUGUUUUUCGGCACAUACACCUGCUCCAUGGGUCUGAAAAAGUUCAAAACCAGCCGCUUUUUCCCAACUACGGUCCGUAAACUGAUCAGUGAUUUCGCCAUUAUUCUGGCCAUUUUGAUCUUCUGUGGCGUGGACGCGCUGGUCGGUGUCGAUACACCCAAACUGCUAGUGCCAAGUGAAUUCAAGCCGACGAGUCCACAUCGUGGUUGGUUCGUUGCUCCGUUCGGAGGAAACCCGUGGUGGGUUUACCUGGCCUCAUUAUUACCCGCUCUUCUGGUCACCAUCCUCAUCUUCAUGGACCAGCAGAUCACGGCGGUCAUCGUCAACCGCAAGGAGCAUAAGCUGAAGAAGGGAGCCGGGUAUCACCUGGACCUGUUCUGGGUCUCCAUUCUCAUGAUUGUGUGUUCGUUCAUGGGUCUGCCAUGGUACGUGGCGGCGACCGUCAUCUCCAUCGCACACAUAGACUCCAUCAAGAUGGAAACGGAGACCUCAGCACCCGGGGAACAGCCCAAGUUCCUUGGAGUCAGGGAGCAGAGGGUCACAGGAACAAUGGUCUUUAUUUUGACGGGUCUGUCGGUCCUCAUGGCCCCCAUUCUGAAGUUCAUCCCUAUGCCCGUCCUGUACGGCGUGUUCCUCUACAUGGGUGUCGCUUCUCUCAAUGGUGUCCAGUUUAUGGAUCGUCUCGAGCUCUUGUUGAUGCCUGCAAAACACCAACCAGAUCUGAUCUACCUGAGACACGUACCGCUCCGACGGGUUCACUUGUUCACCUUUAUACAGGUGCUGUGUUUGGCUCUGCUGUGGGUGCUGAAGUCAACAGUAGCAGCCAUCAUAUUUCCUGUGAUGAUUCUUGCUUUGGUCGCGGUGAGAAAGGCCAUGGAUUACGUGUUCUCGCAGCACGAUCUCAGUUACCUGGAUGACGUCAUGCCCGAGAAAGACAAGAAGAAGAAAGAGGACGAGAAGAAGAAGAAGAAAAAGAAAGGCAGCAUUGACAGCGACAUGAACGACUCGGAUUUUCCAGCCAAUGAGAACGUUCCCAGCAUAAAGAUCUCCAUGGAGGCCAUGGAACAGGAGCCAGUGCUGGGGGAGAAGCCCUCAGACCGAAAGCCCAUGUCCUUCCUCACUCCCUACUGAUGGAAAGCACUUUUUCCUUCCCAAGACUGUGUCAAGUCAGGAUUUAAACCCCUUUAAGAAGAUGGUGCCUCAGAUCAGAAUCGAUUUGGACCCCGACAACAACAAAUUCUUCUGGAAAACCCCAGCCUCCGAAACGUCUCUUUAAACCCUCCUGAAAACACUUUCACGCGUACACGUCCAGGUCCAGAUGAUGGUUUGAUCAAUCAGCUAAACAAACAAAAAAAAACAUGACGAAUGUUUCUUUUUAAUGUCCAAAAAAGACAAAUGUCGUUUCAACACUAAAAUAGCUGCACAAACUCUUUACCAAAGUUUUUUUUUUAGCUCCUCGUUGUGUUCUUUUGGUGAGCAGUACUGCUGGAAAGUAAAAAAAAAAUUUUUUGCUAUCAAUUUAUUUUUAGGUUCUGGGUCCAGACUUCAUUUUUAAACUUUAAUAACUGUAUUUUACGAAACAGAAAGCGUAUCGAAAUUAUGUCAUAAUCAGUCUUAAUAACGUAGAAAAUAGUUGUGUGUAAAACGAAAUUUUUUAAUAACCGCACAAUAAUGAGCACAUUAGAUCAAAUUCUCAAAAAAUACCAACGAACAAAUUCAGUUUUCUACGGAAGCCAAAAUAAAUUAAUAAAACUGGUAAUUGUGACUUAUUUCAUUUUAAAAGGCCGCAGUUACCUUUAUUUUUUUUUAAAUUCCAUAAACUGGCUUCCAUAGUUUUCUUUGAUACUUGUAGUAUUUUUUUUUUCUUGUGAAACUCAAACCUUUAGUCUUUUAGAAGUGUAUUUAAACGUAUAUUAAUACUAAACCACAAUGGUGGCUGUACCUAUUUAUCCCAGUAAGGGAAACCGCAGUUUUAAAGACAAAAAUCUUUCCUGUUCUUUACAAGACACUUAAAAAAAGUGCGCAACACUCGAUAUGAAUACCGUUUUCUAGUUCUACCUCUUAUAAUGGACUGUAGGUGCCAGGCACUCUGUGUUUGAGUGAAGCGUUUCUCUAUGCAGUAUGUAACGGAUGUCAACGGCGAUCUUAAAGUCACGUGACGGAAAGAGCGGGAACUACGCCGGAUGCCUCGUGACUAAAUUCCCUCUGCCCUUUGAACUCUUUCAAGAUCUCUUUCUUCGUUCGUAAAUGAAAUAUAUAGCAGGGCGGACACUUUUAAUGUGAUCGCAUUCGAUGCAUUUACUAUGAAGCGGAUGAUUCACGGUGAUUUUAUUAUCCGGAUAUUUUUAUUGUACCUUUUUUUUAUUAAAAAACGAAAAGAAGUAACGCUGUAGAUAGCGACGUCUUUUAUACUGAGAUGGAGCGUUGAGAAGGUGUGAGGACUCGAUAAAUGCGGGAGCGAGUGACGGCAAUAAGAAAAUGUCCUUGCUUUUUCGCGUGGGAACUUCAAUACUGCCAUGAAGACAGAUCUCUUUCUCUUAGGUUCAGCACAAGGAUAAAUCUGGUGUAGAAUAUUUUUUAAACAUCACAACAUAUAUAUAUAUAUAUAUAUAUAUAUAUAUAUAUAUAUAUAUAUAUAUAUAUAUAUAUAUAUAUAUAUAUAUAUAUAUAUAUAAGCCUAUAUAAACUCCACAGUCGUUAAAACUUGAAUUUAGAGACACGAGUCAGUGUUUGUACAUAAAUCUGUUCAUCAUCACUGAUCAACAAUGUCUUCCAUUUCUUUUGAUUGUAUCGCAUUGCCUGUGCAUUUUCAAGGACUAAACCGUUUUAGCCAGAUGCAUGCGUAGUGUGAAAUGGUGUUUUCAUAAAUCGUUUCUUUUAGACGCUGUUUUUUAAAAAACCUCUUGAGAUGUAUUUAUUGUCCUUGAUUAUUUUCUGGAAGCUGUCUUACUCUCUGAUUAUGACGCUACAGGCAAUAAUGAGAUUAACAGUUGAUCGCUGUUCUGUAAAAGGGAAUCACCCUGUAGCACUGUGAGGCGAUGGGCAAAUUAAAGCAAUUAUUAAAACUC